AUGGGGGACAUCCCACCGACAGAUGAUUGGUUUGAGCACUGUGUCGACGAACCAAAGGAACUCGAUACCACAGAUGAGGGCGGCGACAAUCGCGAUGAAAAUACCACAUCCGGGUUCUCUGACGACAUUGACGCCAAACUAGGUACAUUUGCGAAAUUACGAUCUGCCUCGAAGCCCCAUUCGACACCACAGACCCUUAAAUGGUUGGAGGAUAACUACGAGAUAGCCAUUGGAGUUUGUAUUCCUCGAAGCACCUUGUACUACCAUUAUCUCGACUACUGUGAGAAAAAAGACACACAACCUGUCAAUGCUGCCAGUUUUGGAAAGAUCAUACGACAACAGUUUCCCCAGAUAACGACCCGGAGGCUCGGUACCAGGGGACAGUCAAAGUACCAUUAUUAUGGAAUCGGCGUGCGGGAGAGCUCUAUUUACUACGAACUUAUAUACUCCGCCAAAGGCAUUCAGAGUUCGGCGGAAGGUAAAAAAGAAAACGUAAAACAGAUUAUAGCUUACUCCCCACGAUCCAAACUAGGGACAUUACUUCCGGAGUUUCCCGAUAUCAAAGAUAUUCAACUACCACCGAAUAUUGCCGAGGAGAAGGUUUUUACCUUUAUGGUGAUGUACAGGACGCACUGUCAGAGAAUCUUGGACACGGUCAUCAGGGCCAACUUUGACGAGGUACAGAGUUUUUUGCUUCAUUUCUGGCAGGGUAUGCCAUCACAUAUUGUUCCUAUACUGGACUACAAAACCAUUGUCCUUCUCGUCGGCGUCUGUGAUUCAAUCCUCUACAAAGCCAUCGCUAACGUCCUCAUGCCCACAGUUCUACAAGCUUUACCAGAAAGUUUGACGCAAGUGAUCAGAAGAUUCGCUAAGCAGCUGGAUGAUUGGCUACAAACGGCGCUUCAUUCCUUACCACAUGGCGUUCAAAAAAUUAAAUUUGAUCUUGCAAGACGCUUUGCGCAGGUCCUCCGACGUCAGACGUCUCUGAAUCACCUUUGUCAAGCGGCCAGGACCGUUAUACACAGUGCGGAAAUUACGUCACAGAUGUUAGAUGAUUGGCUCAACGUUGAUCUUAACAGCAUAAUCAAACAGACUUUAUAUACCAUGGAUAACUACAGCGAGAAGGAACACCAGAUAAUCGUAAAUUUAUGCUCAGAGUACGAGAAGUUGAUGGAGGAGCAGGCACCACUAGAAUCGUUUAUAGAAUGGCUGGAUAACAUGGUGGAUCGUUGUGUAGUCAAGCCAAGCCGUAAAAAGCCCGGCACACUCCGUCAGAUCGCGCGCCAAUUCCUGCUAAUGUGGUCGUGUUUUGGUACUAGAGUGAUACGUGACAUGACACUGCACAGUGCCCCGAGCUUCGGUUCCUUUCAUCUCAUGCAUCUGAUGUUCGACGAUUACGUUCUGUAUCUGGUGGAGAACAUACACAGCCAGGAAAGGGCUAACGACUUUCUGAGGGUCAUUAAGGGGGAGGCCUCAGAUUGCGCGGAUGAGAUCAUCCUGCCAGAUUCCAGCAUCAUUAAGGAAAGCAUUAUACCUGGGGGCAGCUCAACAUUCACGCCUACCUUCUCUGAGGAUCACACAGACACCAGGGACUCCGUCAUUACAAACACGAGGGACAUUAUGGGUUGUCACAACCGACAGAGUUUGUCAGAUUCACAUACAGUGGUAGGAUGCGACACGCCGUCCACUGAAUUUGACCGUCCACCUGAUAUUGGCUUACAGACAGGUUUCACGUUACAGAGUAGCUCGUCUCAGUGCAGCACGUAUGCUCCGCCAUUCAUACACCAGUCCAUACCUAACACAGGGGUACAACCGCCACAAGAUGACGUCACUAGCUUCGGUUUUAACCCGAGACAUAUACAGGUGUCCAUUCCCUCACUUCAUGCAAGUCCGAGCCAUGUCCUGACCCCUGUGUCCAGCUGUGAUGGUCAGCGAUAUACCAACACAUUGGACUGGAAUGCUCAAAUAAGCCACAUAUCUCAGAUUGACCUACCGCGCAUGUCGGACCAGACGACCAUCCCUCAGCAGCCUCGACCCCACACUGACCAUCAGUCAUUCCUGUACUACGAUAACACACAAAACACCACCAGAAAUUACCAUUCUUUCACAAAUGACAUUCAAUUUCCAACAUCUGGGGGUUUGCACGUUGAAAACUCUGGAAUGACGAAUUCAGGAAAGCGACCAAUUGAAGAUCACGUCACAAAGUCUUACAAACGCCAGAACAGAGAUCCGUUCUCCCUUCAACACCAAAUGGAGGAAGGAUUUAUUUGA